AUGGCGUUUGCGGCGGUGUUCAGUGGUCUAAAAGAAGGAAAGUUCACUUUCUCUAUUGGGAAGAACCCGCCGAAGACAUUAGCAGACUUCAUGGCAAGAGCUCAAAAAUACACUAAUGCUAAGGAGUUUACUAACGCCCGCAAGAGUGUGCAAGUAACUGUCGCAGUUGGCAAAUGGAAGAGGCCUAGGAAUGAAGAAUCUCAACCGACCCGUAAAGGGGCAGAUGACCGCACCCCUCACGAUUGCCAACCGAGCCGGAGACCGGAAGGAAAAUUCCAUUCCUACACCCCCCUCAAUACAUCUGUCGAGCAAAUCCUGUUAGAUAUCCGAGGAGAGAAACUUCUAAAUUGGCCUGUCUGCAUGAAGGCCGACCCGGAGCAUCGAGACAAGAGGAAGUUCUGUCGCUUUCACCGGGACCACGGCUACAAUACAGACGAUUGUGUGGAUCUAAAGGAUGAAAUCAAGUCCCUUAUCCACAAAGGACAUCUGCGUCGAUAUACUAAAAAAGAGAGAUCCGCUAGGAAGGAAGAAGGGGACCAAGAACGACCGAAUAACCCCACGAAAGAACCCACUGAAAUCCGCACCAUUUUCGAGGGCUCAACCGGUGGAGGGGAUUCAAACAGAGCCCGAAAAAUCUACUCUCGGAAGUCUGAUUCCGAACACUACGUCCAUUUGACCGAGCGGCCUGGCAAGGAGCUUUGGAUCAAUCCGUGUAGCCUAACCUUUACGGAAGAUGAUGCGCGCGGAAUCCACCAUCCGUACGAUGAUGCCCUGGUGGUCACGAUGACUAUAGCAAAUCACAAGGUAUACCGCAUCUUGGUCGACACCGAAAGCUCGGCCGAUGUGAUCUAA